AUGGCGAAUCUGUAUGGACUACAGAAGAUUGAACAAGGGCACCCGAAAAGACCAUUUCCCCCUGUGUUCAUCGAUCAGAUGUUAGAUAGGUUGGUAGGGAGGUUCCAUUUUUGCUUCUUGGAUGGAUACUCGGGGUAUAACCAGAUCUCUAUUACCCUAGAGGAUAGAGAGAAAACAUCAUUCACCUAUCCAUAUGACAACUCUGCUUUUCGGAGAAUGUCGUUUGGCCUAUGCAAUGCACCCACCACAUUCCAAAGGUCAUACCUGAUAGGCGCUAAGGUAAUUGUUUAUAUUGACCAUGAUGCUCUCAGGUACUUAAUUGAUAAGGAGUCAAAGCCACGCAUAAUUUUAUGGGUGCUUCUACUACAAGAAUUUGACUUGGAAAUCCGUGACCGAUAUGGAACGGAGAACCAAGUGGUUGACCACUUGUCCAUGCUGGAAGGAGCACAGAAGAAAGUUGAGGUAGAAGAUAUCGUGGAGACGAUUAUGGAUGAACAACUAUUGUCCACAAGCCUUGAGUAUUGGGAAGAGCCUUAUUUGUUCAGGAUUUGUAUUGAUAGCAUGAUCCGAAGAUGUAUCUCCGAGACAGACCAAUCUUCUAUUUUACAGGCUUGUCACGCGUCCCCGUAUGGUGGCCAUUUUGGAGGAGUAAGGACAAUUGUAAAAGUGUUGGAGUCGGGCUUCUACUGGCCGACAUUGUUAAAAGAUGCACACUUCUGGGUGAAGGGUUGUGAUGAAUGCCAACGGACCGGGAAUAUUUUCCGUCGACAUGAGAUGCCUAUGAAAGCAAUUCAGGAGGUGUAG